AUGUUUCCCUCGUUUCCUACCAUGACUGUACUUGUACCAUUGUUGUCUUUAGCUGGCCUCUUCUAUUCAGCCAGCGUAGAUGAAAACUUCCCCCAGGGCUGCACAAGUACAACAAGCAUAUGUUUCUACAGCCUGCUGCUUCCAAUUACAAUCCCAGUUUAUGUAUUUUUCCAUCUUUGGACCUGGAUGGGCCUUAAACUUUUUCGCCACAACUAGAUUGCGCUUAACUCUAAGAAGCCUCUUAAAAUUAAGAAUCGAGUGAAGCUUUUUGAAAACCCAUUUCUUAAUAUUCUGACCCUUGCAGUACACCUGAAAAGAAACAGGCUAACUAUCUUCAGAUGCAAGUACAUCCAAGCAAAUUGAAAAGUCCCUUGCUCUGUUAGGGCAUGCCUACAGUACCAAAGUAUCAUCAAAGCACACAGGAAUAUCAAACAAGAAUUCAAAUAUGGAAAUCAAGAAAGCAAUAUGAAGUGAUGUAGGCAAAUCUUCUGUCAAUGAAGGAUCUUUGACAUGCAACAAAGCAGUCUAAAUGUGUCUACUUAUGUAGGAAAUAUCAUUUUUCUAGUCUUUGGUGAAAAAAAAAUUCUGCAGUUAUUCUAAAAGAGUGUUUCAUUAUCUGAUGAUUACAGGCAAUUAUUUAUAGACUCUCAGUGCAAAACAGAGCUUUGUCAAAUUCAUAGAUGAAAAGCUCUGAAUGAAUACUAACAUUCAAAUAUAUUUCAGCUCUGAAUGUGUAACAUGAACACAAGUAUACUAUAUAUGACGUUCUUGGCUUACUGACAAUGUAAUGUUAGACUUGAUUUCUCUUUGCUGAAGCUCCACUAUUGUUCUGCACAGACCCAGAAUUUUGAAUUCAGAUCCACAAAUAAGAGUGUUUUGUCAUGAAACUUGACACUAAAUGAAAAAUAACAAAAUUAAAUAGGAAAUGGUUUCCAAUAAAAUAUCUGCAGUGCCUAUGUAUUUUGUAAACUUACUACUGUGUUUUUAUAUAAGCUGCAGAAUCUUUGUUUUUUAAAAGUACACAAUAUUUCUAUUCAGGUUUUAUAAGGAAUGCACUGAGAUGAGGUAUCAACUAGAAUUACUUCCAACACUGUAGUUGCUUGCAUGCCAGAAUGAGCCCUCUACAUCACGGGUGUCAAACUCAAUCGUGUCACAUGAUAUAUCGCGAUGGCUUUUUGCUUUUGCAGAGGCGACGUGGGCAUGGCCUGUGUGUGACACAUCCGGCCCAUGGGCCACCAGUUUGACAGGCCUGCUGUAGAUUGUUACUUCUCCGUUGAGAGGCAAAUGCCUGUCACUGUCUUAUAUAACAUACGUGUCACAUAACCAUAGCUUGAUUAUAGAUAUACAAAAUUGGAUGCUUACUUGAAAAAAUUGCUGAAAGCUAAUUUCUUCUAUAUUUCUUAGAGAAUGCCAGGUAUCGUGUAGUAAAUACUGCUUCCUUACAUUCAUUGUCCAGGUUAUAAUGCAUUUCUAGGAUAUAAACAACUGGGUUACUAGUCAUUUUAGCAAAUUUUGUUAAUGUUGCAUUAUGUUCCUAGGCAUACAUACCUUUCUGUAUUCCCAGUCCAACAUUUGGCAUUUGGUUUUAUGUACCACAAUUUUAUCUUCAAGAUUCAAGAUCCAAGGAAAUUGGCUGAACACAGAUAGAGCCAGCUGAAAUAAUAAAGAGGAAGUAUUUAUGAUUUAAGACAUGUACAUUUUAAAGUUGACUUAUUAUAAACCAAACCUCAACUAAUCAUAUUGUAGCUCAAUAAAAACCAUUGAAUCCAGCCCACAAUAAAAUAACCGUUUUAAUAUAAUAUCUGUA